AUGCAAAGACUGAUAAGUGAAGAAGAUGUAUACCGCAACAAUUUAUCAUGGACAUAUCCGGUUGUAGUGCCAAAUCAAGAUGGCGAAAAAACGGUAGGUGCCUUUGAAGGUGAUGGGCUUCCGAUUUCAGUGUCAAAUAAAUGUGCAAGAAAUACGGUGCCCGCUCCCAAUGGUAUGACUGAUAACCGAAAGGAAAAGAACGUGGAUGUCAAUGCUGAAGUGGUGUCGAUGGUUCCACCGGAAGUAAAAGCUAAGAAAAGAGCCGUAAAAGAUGAAUCGAAAUAUGAACUACACUUGAAUAGAGAACGAGAGCAAAGAAAAAAGAUGACAAAAAUGUUUCAUGAUCUUGGUGAUAUAAUCCCCGAUCUCCCUCCAAGGGCAGACAAAGUGAAAAUAGUGGAUGAGGCAAUAUUGUACAUGCAAAAAUUGGAGAAAAUCCUUCACAACAUGGAGAAGCAAAAGCUGAAAAGAGCUGAGAAGCAAAUGAUGCCAGAGAUGAUAAAAUCCAAAUCCAUAUCCAAAUCUGAAUUUUUGUCGACGAGGGGUUUCAAGACAUGGGCAUCUCCGAAUGUGGUUCUAAAUGUGGCCGGUAAUGACGCACACUUGAGCAUCUACUACCCCCGCAUCAACCCCAAACCCCAACUGCUUAUCGUUGUCUGCUCUCUCAUGCACAACUAUAACCUCUCUAUCAUCUCGGGGCACCUCAACACCAUUUGUUUUGGACGCAUGCUCUUCCUCCAUGUAACUGUGGCGCCGGAUCACUUCCCAAAGACACUUCCCUUUGCUGAAGAAAUUUACAAACAAGUCGCUUCCGACAUCAUGGCCUGGAUUAAUGCUUAA